AUGGCUCGCUAUCCGGAGUUCGAAGAAUGUGAGAAGAAAGGCAACUUCGUCGACGGCAUUAAACGUUGCGACGAUUUACUCAAGAAGACUCCAAAGGAUAUCCGACUACUCACGACCAAGCUUCAAUUGCUCCACGCCACUGGACGAAAGGACGACUUCCAAUUCAUUUUAGACGAGCUACCAGGCUUGCAACCACCGAUCCAGGAUUUGCAGGACCUCAUAGCGAUAGAACAAGUUGUGGUCGACUCUCAAGAGGAUGUGUAUCCUCGAACUUCCACUGCCGGUCCAAUACUGUCGAAGCUAUGGGAUAAUGCCAUCAAGGCCAGCUCUUCCAGUAAUCAGAAACACGAACUAGUAUCAUUGCGCUUCGAACGAGCAAUUCUUGCUAACCGCUCGAUUGAUGCACAACAAUCCCUGAUCCUGCUCAAGGCCUUGCAACCAAAGAAUCGGAUGGUGUAUAUGGCACAUGCAGCCUUUACCCAGCUGAUAUCAAAAUCCAACGAUGAUUUGCAAGCCAGACUUGCUAUUGGCCUUGCACGAAAGGCCGUCAACGAGAAAUUUGAUGACGACAAGGCUCUGGACUGUCGGGUGCCUGGUCAAAUAUUUGCUGCCCAGGAAUCGAGUAAGGAUCUUGCGAGUGUUGAAGGCAGAUCUUUUCAGGAGAGCAAGCAGGUGUUUGAUGCUCGACGGGAAGCUGCGGAAUCAGAGGCCAAGAACGGCUAUCCUGCCACGGCAUCGACUCAGUCAGCUUCAACAGACAGCAGUGAUCUGCAGAGUAGAAUCGAGGACAGCAAGACCAAGUUUGCGGCCAUGACCAAGUCGGAUGAAUCGUUAGAGACAGUGCGACCAUUCGCCACCGAGGCCAUCGGUCUCUUCAACCUAUCAAUAAAAAAAGGCACUCGACGACAACCAGCGGAUGCAUGCUUUGUGGCAAUUUCUGCACUCGUGAGACCUUUCGAGCUGAGUGACGACGCUGCAUAUUUACUACCCGCUGCGUACCUUGCCGAAACACUGCUAAAGCACAAUCAACACAUCCACGAAGCUCGACUGAUACUCGUAUAUCUUUAUAUGCGUCUUGAUUUGGGCAGCCAAGCAAUGCGAUUGUUUGACUCCCUAAGCGUCAAAGAAGUCCAGCACGACACUGUAGGCCAUGCGCUGUUCACACGGCUCUCGAGCAUCCAUCCGCAUUCGACAUCGUGGUCAAGGAAGGUUGUUAUGGAUCCGCUGAAGCGAACUUCACAUGCUCUAGGAGUCUAUGUCCGCUGCGAAGAGAAGCUCGUAGACUGUGAAGCUGGCGUGCUGAGCUCCGGCCAAACAGGGAUGAUCUUUGAUCUUCAGGAGUUGCGGGAUAGUCUGCGGACUAGCUGGUCAAGACGCAUGAUCUUGCUCGAGCAACGACGGAUCGAGCGUCUGAUGAAGGGCACGGUGGAUGAAAAGGACGCUGCUGCCGAAGCUAUGGGACCCAUGGUCUGCGAGAAUUGGUUGCAGACGAAGGAUAACCGGGACUUUGACGCCGCGUUCGACUACUCUUACAAUGUCGAGAAAGUACUGCAUGAUCGAAGUGGUGGCGUACUUCCCGGGACAACAUGGAUACUGUAUACAUUGGCGGCAGAUUGUGCCUUCAGCCUUGCCAAUGCGAAGAGUGCUCUUGUCAAGAACCCAGAGGAUGUCGCAAAGCAAGCGCAGACUUUGACAUCGGCGAGCAAGACAUCAGACUCCAGUAACCAGUCAGCUGCUAAAUCAGACCUGACACCUGCUGAACGCCAGGCGGGCGAUAUCGCUUGCACCACGAUCGAUGUCCUGCUCCUGAACAGCAAAGCGACCGCUGCCAGCGAAGAGCUGUCUACGAAGCUCACCUCUCUCACAGCUAUGGUCGAAGACCUCAACAUCACAUCUCUGCUCAAGGACACAAAGACACUGACGUCCCAUCUACAAACGUCCUACAUUUACACCGACAUCCUCCGCACAGUCGUCCUCGCCUGCCGGCAUCUACGCCUCAAAGCCGGGACCACACUCGGGAAGGAGACCCAAGAGCUCCAAGACAAAUGCAAAGCUGACAUUGCUGCUAUACAAACAUAUGCCGUUGAGCAGCAAGCGCGAAUCAAAGCUUCAGAGGUCAGACAGAUGAUGGCCAAAGAUGAGGAGGUGUGGAAUGGGCUCAGUGCGCUUGGGGAAGGUGGCGACGGUAUCGAUGACUUCUGUGAGGCAGUAGCCAAAGCUGCGAAGGAGGGUUGGGAAGGGAUUGGAAGGAUAAAGAUGCUGUAG